UUUCACGGGGGCCACUUGCAGACGGCCUCUGUCCCUCAGAGGAAGCUGUGUGCCUCCCUGGGAGAAGGGGCUGGGCACGUCACGUUCUGGGAGCAGCUGGGACAGGCUCUCCCGGGGACUCAUUUGUCCCCUUUGGGUGGGGGGCACCCUGCAGGUCUGCCCGCCAGGGUAGGUAACUUUCCUAAGCGAUGCAGACACCAGGCCCCACUUCUAACGUGCCUUCCACAGUGUGUUGCUGAGGGUAACUGUGAGGCCCCUCGGGUGUGUGCUGAAGGGAAAUGUUACCAGGAAGCGAUUUUCUCACAUUUGCGUGUGGAUGAGUUUUUGCUGAUUUAUAAUCAGCAGUUUUGCUCUGAAGCCCGUAGAACCGCGCAUAUCUCUGGGUUGAAAGAUGCGUGACCUGGGGGGCUCAGCGUGUUCUCACUGCGAAUGCUGUGUGAGGACCAAGGCCUUGCUCGGGCUCUGGACCCUGAGUGUGUGUCCAUCUGGAAACCAGCGGAUUCUCUUAGAAGGGUGCAGACAUGGGGCCAGAGGCUGUGGGUUGCCGGGAGGCCGUGGGCCGGGGAGAGGAGACGCUGGUUGUUCCGUACGGGGUGGGGAAGAGUCGCGGGCGGCUGCUCCCCCAUGUUCAUGCGAGAAGAUGGCCCCUGGCUGACGUGGAUGAGGGGCCCGUGGUGGGGCUCAGGCACGACCCAUGGCUCAGCCCUCCCCGGGUGGCCCGGGUCGGGGAGCGCUUGCCUUGACGUUGAUCCUGAGGCACACGCACCUUUGCCUGGAGAGCGCAGGCCCUGCUGGGUCCACCGCUGAUGUGCUGGGAGCCCAAGGACGCCACCAGCCCAGAGUGGGCAGCAGACCACCCGUGUGGCCUGGGUCCCCCUCAUAGACUGUGGGUGGGGAGACGCCUCCUCUUCUUAGCCCGAGGAGGGCCAGGCCUGAGAAGCCGUGUGGGGAGGCUCCCAGGGUCUUCACGGGGACUGAGACUCCUUCCAUCUCCUGGAGGAGGCGAGGGGGACCCUGCCCGUUACACUGAAGACGGGGUCCUGAAGCUUUGGAGACCUUGAAGGCCGGCCAGUUCCUACACAGACAUAGAAGCCAGGGCCCUGGCAGAAACCGUGACUCGGCCACGGUCGUGGGGGUGGCUGGCACCCUUCUGUGCCCUGAGAUGGACAUGGCUUCUCCCCCACACCCCUCUGAGCUCACUGUCAGGUGAGGCCUUCUGCAGAGCCCUUGGAAAGUUCCAUUGCGUCUGGACCAUCCGGUGUGAAUGUCGUCUUCUCCUUUGGACGGGGGUCGUUUGCUCUGAAGUGCUGAGACCGCUUUCCUCCCCGGGAAAAAAACAGACCUUGGGUUUUCUGUAGCUGACGCUUCUUCAGUUCCAGCUCAGGGCACGUUGGCUUCUGGAGGCUGCCCUUGGUCUGCGGUGCGGGCUGGAGGGAUGACCAGCUGGGCACCGCCACGCAGGGGUGUGGUGGCCCAGCUCCGGGAGAGCCUUUUUUGGCAAGCGGCCACGACUGCCCCCAGCAGAAGACCCUGUCAGCCCAGGAGAGCUGAGCGGCAGGAGGAGCCUGGGACGUGCCACACCUGGGACCUGCGGGGGCCGGUGUCUGUGGCGGAGCCCGGGGCUUAGGCCCACCUCCCCUCCUUCUGCCGGCAGCCAGGUUCCCAGGAGGCAGCACCUACUGACCGCCGAGGAAGGCCGCCGUGGAGGGCUGCACAGGCCCCUUGGCCUCUUCUGGCUGCCCGCCCCCACCCCCUGCAGCCGGGCCCUGCCCUGCCCACCAGACACCCCACCGCUCCCUCAGCGGAGCGUAUCUUCCUGGGGCUGGUGGCUUAGUCCGAGACCCACUGGGUGGGAAGAGAGCCCGCAGCUGCCGGGCUCCAGGGGCAGGUUCACUGAAGAAGCAGCUGGAUAGGAGGUGGGGGGAGGGGGAGGGGGGAGGGCUGGGAUCCUGGGGCCUCCCUCCGCUCCCUCCCUCCUGUGCUCCGGGGAGCCAACUUCAAACGCCUCGUCUGCCUGCCGCCAGCCGCCCUGCCGCAGCCUGUCCUGGGAAGCCCUGCUGGCCAGGCCGGGAGCAGGAGGCCCUGGAGCGGCAGCCGCGCUCCCUACCUGAGGACCCAGGGUCAUGUGGAAGGCCCACCGCCGGGAGUGAGGGCAGGCCUCGCCCCGAGAGGCCCAUGGUGCCUCCCAAGCCUGCGCUCUGGGCAGUCCUGCUGGCUCUGCUGGGAAUGGCGCCAGGCCGGUCGGGGCUCCGCACCUGCAGCGUCCCUGACGUGCUCCGCCACUACCGCGCCGUCAUCUUUGAGGACCUGCAGGCAGCUGUGAGGCAGGCUGGGCCAGGGGCAGAGUGGCCGGGGCCAGGCUCCCCACACCUCCCUUUCAUUCACAAAAACCUGACUGGAGCUGCGGGCCCUGGAUGGCGGGGCCUGCGGGGGGCGGUCUGCAGUGCCCAGAAGGAGCACGGUAUCCUACUGGCGAUCGCGUCCCUGGGUCGGACCCUGCGCAGGGCGGUGGCCCGGGGCCGCCGCGGGGCCCUGGAGAAGACAGCGUGGACCGUCGCCAUGCGCACCGAGGCGGUGAUGCGGCGCCACUGCGGGACGCUGAGCCAGGUGCGCGGGCCCACAGCCGGGUCCCUCCGCUUCCACGGGCGCCCCCCACCCCCGCCGCACCGCGCCUCCCGUGGCGCAGUGACAGCUCCGUUGUCGCUCCGUUGUCCCAGACGGGGGCACCGUCUGGGAGCUCCAGGGGCCAGACGCGAGCCUGGGGGUGGGGGUGGGGGCGGGGACGGCGGGGACCGUGGGCGCUCGCUGACCGUCCCGUCCCCGACAGCGGAGCCGGCGGCCCAAGACGCGCCCUCCCCGGAGUCGCCGCGGCCGGAGGCGGCUCCUCGUGCGCGCCCUGGACGCCGUCGCCACCUGCUGGGAGAAACUCUUCGCGCUGCGGGCGGCGGCCCCCGGGGGUCCCUAGCGCGCGUCCUGCGCGGGCCCAGGAGCAGCCGGCGGGGCCGCGGGGCCGCGGGGCCUGGGCUCGGGCUUCGUCUGCGGCCGAGCGCGGUCCCUCCCUCCGGUGGGCCCCGCGCGGGGUCCCGGCCCCUCCCGCGCCGCGGCCCGCGCUCCUCCGAGGGCCCGAGUCCUGGAGAUGAUGCCCCCGGACGCCAGGCCGGGACUCAAUAAACUGCUGGUGCUGCGACCCGGCCGUCUUCCUUCGCCCCCGCCUCUGCGGCCGCGCGGGGAGUGGGCGCUGGGGGCCGCGCGGCCCCCGCCCGCAGAGCCAGCCCGCGCCCCGCACCUGCGCGAGGACCGCGGCGCUGCGCUCCCGGCCUUGGGCAGCAGGGGGCGGUCGGGACCCCCCUUCCCGGCGGUCG